CUCGAUUGUUUCGUACAAUAAGAUGGCAGACGCCGAUCCCACAACUCCGCAGCCGGCAAGCAGUCCCUUGGACGACUCGUUCAGCAUCAUUCAGUCCAUGCUCACAGGCUUCGCUUCUGGAGGUGCCGUCGGCGCCAGCUGGGGAGCUACCCUUGCGGCACUCCGAGGCGAACGCGUGGUCUUCUACGCUGCAUCUGUCGGCGCCAACUUUGCCGUGGCCUCUGCAUCGUACGUCACCUUCCAUCAGAUCAUCUCGAAGAGACGCGGCCAGCGGGACAUGACGAGCUACGUCGUUCCCGGCACCAUCACUGGUGGAGGGCUUCUCGGGCUAACGGGCUCAUCCGUCCGCGCUGUUCAAGGCGCCGCCGCGGGGUCUGCAGUCGGGGCCGGCAUCUUCUUUGGUCUGAAGUACUUUGACCAGUGGCGCCAAGCCACCGCCAUCGAGCGGUACAUUGCCAAGUACGGCCCCGACGCCAUCCACGACGUGCCUGGGACUUCCGACGCCGCGUUCGUCUCCCCGGUGAUCGACAGCAUCGACUUGCCGUCUCUCAUUCCGUCCUUUGUCAACAUCUCAGAAGAAGAAGUCGAAUCGCGCAUCCAAGCCCGAUUAAAACAACUCAACGACGAUGCCGGACGACUUGAGUAAGCACCCCCGAAAUGUUACCAUAGAACGCAUAAUAUCUCGAGCUUGCUAUUCCAUCGCUCCAAUGGAGGAAGGUCGCACC